GCUGCACGUGUCCUCGGUGCCGGAGUCUCUUCCCUGCAGAGAGCAGGAGUUCCAGGACAUCUACAGCUUCGUGGAGAGCAAGAUCAUAGACGGCACCGGCGGGUGUAUGUAUAUCUCUGGUGUGCCGGGCACGGGUAAGACGGCCACGGUCCACGAGGUGAUGCGCUGUCUGCAGCACGCCGCCGACGUGGACGAGAUUCCUCCUUUCCACUUCAUCGAGAUCAACGGGAUGAAGAUGACGGAUCCUCAUCAGGCCUACGUCCAGAUCCUGCAGAAGCUGACGGGUCAGAAGGCCACCGCCGACCACGCAGCAGCUCUGCUGGAGAAGAGAUUCAGCAACCCGGCACCCAGGAAGGAGACCACCGUCCUGCUGGUGGAUGAAUUGGACCUGUUGUGGACCAGGAAGCAGAACGUGAUGUACAACCUGUUCGACUGGCCGACGCGGCGUCACGCCCGCCUCGUGGUGCUGACCAUCGCCAACACCAUGGACCUGCCGGAGAGGAUCAUGAUCAACAGAGUGGCCAGCAGACUGGGUCUGACCCGGAUGUCGUUCCAGCCGUACAGCUUCAAGCAGCUGCAGCAGAUCAUCAUGUCGAGGCUGAACAAGGUGAAGGCCUUCGAGGAGGACGCUCUCCAGCUGGUGUCCAGGAAGGUGGCCGCUCUGUCGGGCGACGCUCGCCGAUGUCUGGACAUCUGCCGCCGGGCGACGGAGAUCUGCGAGCACUCCGCCGCCGACCCUUCUGCCACGGGAUUGGUGGGAAUGAGUCACGUGAUGGAGGCGCUGAACGAGAUGUUUUCCUCCGCCUACAUCACCGCCAUCAAGUGUGCGUCGGUGCAGGAGCAGCUCUUCCUCCGGUCGGUCAUCGCUGAGUUUCGGCGGCUGGGAUUGGAGGAGGCCACCUUCCAACAGGUGUUUGUGCAGCACCAGGCGCUGUGUCGGGUGGAGGGUCUGCAGCCCAUCAGCGUGUCGGAGGGCCUGGCGGUGUGUCAGCGUCUGGGAGCCUGCAGGUUGCUGCUGCUGGAGCCGAGCCGCCUCGGAGUCCUGCAGCGUGUCCGGCUCAACGUCAGCCAGGACGACGUGCUCUUCGCCCUGAAGGCCGACUGAAGGAGGAUCGUGUCCGUCCCUCCGUCUGUGUUUACUGUGGAUACCUGACAGCUCGGGAUCCGUUGUGUUGUAUUUUUGCGUGUUUUACUACAAAGGACACUGUGCUUUAUUUGUCUUUAUCUUUGAUUGAUAUUCAAUUCUAACCUCUUUUACGGGAGAUUAUUCACUGAAAUAAAGUCGACCCAAAGAACA